AACAGAACAAAACAAAGGGAAGAAAGUCAAGUAAAGAAACAGAGACGCCCUUUGCCGUUUCAUAUUUUCCUUCCUUCUUCUCCACACGGUCUCUCUCAUCCCAAGAAAGCGCCUUUGCGAGGAAAGGAGAUAGCUUUUACAGCAAAAGAAGGUCUUUUCUGGAGGCAACCCAGAGAGAGAUUCUGCACCACCAUGAAUGGGAAGGCUAGCGUUUCAAAAGAACAGAAUGAUAGGCACAGGAAGAUAUUGGAAGGUCUACUUAAGUUGCCAGAGAAUAGAGAAUGUGCUGACUGCAAAAGCAAGGCACCACGAUGGGCUAGUGUAAAUCUGGGAAUAUUUAUAUGCAUGCAAUGCUCAGGGAUCCACAGGAGCCUUGGAGUACACAUAUCAAAGGUUAGGUCUGCUACGUUAGAUACUUGGCUCCCAGAGCAGGUUUCAUUUAUUCAAUCUAUGGGGAAUGAGAAAGCAAAUAGCUAUUGGGAAGCAGAGUUGCCUCCCAAUUAUGACAGAGUUGGAAUUGAGAAUUUUAUUCGCACAAAGUACCAAGAGAAGAGAUGGAUUCCUAGAGAUGGAAAAUCAGGAUCACCUUCAAGGGUGAGUGAGGAGAAGACAUCACUUCAUAGACCAGUACCAGGAAGAAGUGGCCAUGGGUACAUGAAUAGCAUAAAUCAUGUUUCUAAGGAGAGAAAGGUUACUCACCCACCCAUUACAAAUAACACCAUUCCUGCUACCAAAAGUUGCUUGUCAGUGCCUGUUGAAAGAUCCCAGAAGGUUAUAUCUGAUCCAAGACAACAAGAGCCUCUGCAGAAUAAAGAACCAUCAGUCUCAAAGGCUGAGUCUGCAAAGCAGGAAGCUAAUAAUGUGCCAGGAGUUGUAUCACACCAGGAAGUUAAUAUUACCCCAGCAGUUGCACCAAGCAAAGUGGAUUAUGCCACUGAGCUUUUCAGUUUGCUUUCCGUGGAUAAUUUUGGAGAUGAUACCUUGAAGACCCCUUCUCAUGAUAAUUUAUCAAUUGUUAUGCAAUCUGCCAGUCCCAAAUCUUGGGUAGAGGAAGGUGAUCCAUCAAACUCAAGUAAAAGCAAUUUGCAAACCAAAAACAGUAUUGAGGAUCUAUGUAAUGAUUCAGCAAAAGUAAAGCAAUCCUUAGCAGAGAAACCCCAGGAAGAUGUGAAAAAUGAUGUUAUGAACCUCUUUGACAAGUCUAGUACAGUGUCUCCAAUUUAUCAAGAACAACUUGCUAUGCUGUGCCAACAACAGUCCUUCAAUGUACCUGCGGCAGCAAAUUCUAACAGCAGAAUGCAGACCUUUCCUUUAAAUGGAAAUCAACUCAGCUCCAAUGGUGUUCACUCAGCCACUCAGAAUUGGGGAAGCCCUGGUCAUCAAGUUCCUGGAAUGAUGAUGUCCACAGCUGGUCUAUCAAACCAUAUGCAGAUGGGAAGCAGACAACAGACAUAUCAACAACUACCAGGACAAUCAUUUAAUCUUCCAAUGACCAGCUUGUACACACCGGGACCAGUUCUUCCAAACAAUGGAAUGACAAAUACCAGAUCAAUUAGGCCAAAUUCAUCCUCUCCCGUCCCUUCCCUGACUCCAAUCCAACUUGGAAUAAAAGAUUACGACUUCUCAGCAUUAACGCAAGGGAUGUUUACCAAACGGUGAUCAGGACUCAUCCCUCCUCGACAAAACAAAUAGUCUUUCUUCUUUUUACACACAAAAAAUCUCAGGUAGUCAUUUACAGUUGUUUUCUCUUUGAAAUCCUUUUUUUUUUCUUUUAAUUUAGAUUUAUUGGAUAAGAACAUUGGUUUCUUUGUACCACAAUUUAUUUGUACAAAAACAGUGUGCUGUUGCAAUAAGAGCUUGAUUCAUGG